GGCAUAUGGUGAUAUUGUUGAGGUUGGAGAUGUUGAUUCAAAUAAAUGGCCAAACUCAGAAUGGCGUUGUAUCAAGGUGAAGUGGGGUGAAUCCUAUAAAUAUCUAAAUCUUCCAAUAAGAGUGUCACCUUGGACAAUAAUGAUCAAUAAUGAAGAAGUGGAAAACACUUCUAUCACUGCUCCGUCACUCAUUGAUUUCUUCACAGAAUCUUCAAUUGAUGAAACAAUUCUUUGUGAAGAUUCUACUAUAAUAGAUCAUUUUGGGUGGGGGAAUGAACUUCAUCUCUUAACACAACGUACUCAUGAUGAAAGUUCAGAAAGUUGAUGGAAGAGAGUUGUCAUAUAUGGUUACAAUAUCACCAUAUCAUAUUCAUGAUAUUUCCC